CACAGGCAUUCUGAAUCGCAAGUCAGAUAAGGACGGAUACUAAAAGCAAUAAAAAAUGCUGCUAAGGAGCUCUUCAACACCCGUUCUUGGAUCCCUGCUCUCCUCUUUCUCCGACUCUCCAAACAGGGAAUUUGAGAAUAGCUGCAGCAAAAACAACAAACACCCAUCGAGCUCUGAUCAUAAUCUCAAAAAGUUCUCGUUUUGUCCUGGUGGGAACUCCCACUUCAGCAGCUUCUCCUGCAACUCAUCUCCAAUCUCUCUCUCUGUUGUGGGUUUCUCUGACUUCGACCCCGAACCCAGUAUUGCCGUCUCAAGAGGCUGCCGAAGGACCCGAUCGGAAGGCAACUUAGAAGCACUUGCAGCCGCGUCGUGCGAUAUCGACGAUUUCAAUACUGCGAAGCCACUGACGAGACGAUCUAGAAGACCAAGUAUGUCAGUUUUGGAGACAAUCCCAAGUUUCUCGAUUUACAAUAAGAGAGACGGGUAUGAAGACGAACAAGAGAAUGAAGAAGAAGAAGAAGAAUUGGGUGAGAGAGAUGGGUUGUUGGGGAGGUCAGUCACAAUCGGAGACUCUAUCCUGUCUGUGGGAAGUGGUGGAUUCAGCUUUGCAAAGAACAAGAACAUGGGUUUGAUUAUGGAGGAAGAGCUUAGCUCAGGUGUGGAAGAGGCAAAGGAGUCUAGGAGCCCACCUCUCUAUCUUGCGAGAGGGAUUGGAAUUGAUGUGGGUGGUCUUGGUGGUGGUGCUGGCGGCGGCAGGGGCGGUGGUAGGAAUGGUUUUAGUCCUGAUGGAUUCUGUGAGGGCGGUGGCCCAGAGGGACCCCAAAUUGAGGAGUAUUAUAAGCGGAUGGUUGAAGAAAAUCCUUGCAACCCUUUAUUCCUAAGGAAUUAUGCUCAGUUUCUGAAUCAGUGUAAAGGAGAUCUGCGAGGGGCUGAGGAGUACUACUCGCGCUCCAUACUAGUAGAUCCAACAGAUGGGGAAAUCAUGUCACAGUAUGCUAAAUUAUUGUGGGAGCUCUACCAUGACCGUGACAGAGCUAUGAGCUACUUCGAACGUGCAGUUCAAGCUGCACCUGGAGAUAGCCAUGUCCUUGCAGCAUAUGCUAGCUUCUUGUGGGACACAGAGGACGAGGACGAAGGUAGCCAGUCACAGGAUCUUGCUGGUGCACCAGCUUACCUUAUGGGAGCAGUGGCCUCCGUCAGUGUGUGAUUGUGGCAUCCAUUGCUAGAGAGAUGCUAAAGCUCUGUUAAAAUUACAAUGUUGGAAAUGUCAAAUCCAUGCUUUCAGUAGCUAUUCUAACUGCACUAAACUUUUACUUAAAUUUGAUGCAGUAAUAAGAUCAAUUCCUUUUCCUGUAUUUUAAGUUAUGUCUUAGUUAUGUGAAAUAAGGCAUGGCUAACAGUAUAUGCCGUGGAAUGAAAGGUGAUAUUUUGGAAUAAAAAAAAAAGUAUUCUCUCUGCAA